GGGAGCACCCAGAAGUCCAGGCUUGGCAGCAGCACAGGCAACGAGUGCGAGGACGACGACGGCCUGUGAACAAAUCAGUUUAUGUGAUUUCCCACUGCCGAGUGCAGAAUGUGGAAUAACUCUUGGUGGCCACUGAAUGCGAUGGCCUGAGGUCACAGACGCAGUCCCGAUUCGGCGUAUAAAUAGUGGUGUGGAAUGUGUUGAACGGCAUCAGACAAGUUCAAGUUUUCGAUCCGAAAGCACCAGAUCAAUAAUCAAAAUGUUCAAAUCCACUGUUGUGUUCCUGGCCAUCGUUGCCUGCGCAUCUGCCAAGCCUGGACUCCUGGGUGCUCCUUUGGCCUACACUGCGCCCCUGGCUUACUCUGCUCCCCUGGCUUACACUGCUCCUGCUGCCGUGGUAGCAGCUCCUGCUCCAGUUGUGACCGCCACCAGUAGCCAGGUUAUCGCCAGGAACUACAAUGGCAUCGCCGCUGCUCCGGUGAUUGCUCCCGUGGUGGCCAAGUACGCGGCUGCUCCUCUGGCUGCUCCCUUGGCCUACUCCUCGCCUUUGGCCUACUCCGCACCUCUGAGCUACGCCGCUGCUCCUGCACCAGUUCUCAUCUAAAUUACUAAACUGUGAUCAUCUAACACGAUAAAUAUAAUAAAAAUGAACUGUUAAAUCGAUA